AUGCCUAAACCGAAACAUCCAUCUGAUGAAAAUCAAGCAACUCUUAAAUCUUUUCAUUCUACCACAAAUCAUCAUGAAACUUUACCGAUUCCUAAUAAUUCUAAUUUGAAACCUCAUCAUCCUUUGGAUUCUAAUCAGUCUCCUAGUACUGAUGAAAUAGAUGGUGCUGAUCCUAAUGCUUCAAUCAGACCUCUCACUCCUUCCUCUAAAGCUGUCUCUACCAGAAGUCCUAAUCAACACAGAUCAUCCUCUGAAGCUCUUUCACCUACCAAUGAUCUCGAUCUCCAAUCCCAACCUCGUUCUGCUUCUCCCUUACAAUUCACUCCCGAAUCACCUAUUUCUGAACGACGACCUCGUCAGCACGGCUCUCUAUCCUCUCUUCGAUCCCAUUCUACUCGUUACGCGUCUUCAUUUGACCAUCAUCAUCAUAACCAUUCUGGUGGUCAUGCAGCUGAUGAUCAUGAUGACGGUCUUAGUGCGUUCGGGAACGGCUCCUUGGCUUCUACUAAACCUACCACCGUCGUGUCACUAGAGACAACUGCUGGAGCCAAUCGGAUCGCACUAGCCUCACCUCCACUGAUCCCUAGUGCUUCAACCCUGACUCGUACAGGAUCCAAUCGAGCCAAUAACAUCAAUCCCGCCAGUUCAAGUACGAUGGCACAACCUGCCACGAAUCGAUUACAUUCACGUGCGAUUGCAAACCAUCAUCAUCAAAGACUUCAAUCGAGUUCAUCACUCGUAGCACCUGUCACCCCAACGGUGCUGACCAUCCCGAGCUCGAGUCCUCCUUCCGAAACAUCUUCUCCCGUUUACUUUGAUCAUCUUCAAUCUUAUCCUGGCAUCGUACCUAAACAUACCUUACCACAUCCUUCACAAAACCCUCAUCCAGCUGCUUUGGCUGAUAAUGCUAGUAUGCUCACUUUAGCCUCCAGUGGGUUCGCUCCAUCUAUUCAUGCUAUUCAAAAUUUUCCGCCUGAUGAAGAUGCGUCUGUUAGAGCACUUGCUCCAUCAAGAAGAGAAUCAACCGAAUCGUUAUCAUCUAGAUGGUCAGGCGCAGUUCUUUCAAGAGCUUCGAUGAAAACCAACGGAGGUCAAAGUAUCGGACCUGGAUUCUUUUUGGGUGGAGGAGGUAGUGUUGGUAGAGGGGGUGGAACGAGUAGUGUAGGAGGUGUGAAAAGCUUGUGUGGUGGUGAUGAAGAUGAUGAGCUUGGGGAAGGGAUCAGUACGGAUGAAGAGAUUGUCAAGGUUGAGGAUAGUGUGGAAGAAGAGUUGAUGAAAAAUGAGGAUGUGUUGAAUCAUGAAGAGUUGGUCAGAGAUGAAGAGGUGGUCAGAGAUGGAGAGGUGGUUAAAGAUGGUCAAGCGAAUGGUCGAGAGAUCGAACCUUUGGAAGGUUCGGUAGUUGAAGAUGAGGGGAAAGGGGCAGAAGUGGAUAAGACCAUCAAAGUGGAAAAAGAGGUGGAAUGA